AGCCAUUAUAUAUAGAAGAAGAAAUUGGGGGUACAUACAUGCUAUAUAACAUAAACUUUGAGGGUGUCAAUCUUUUGAUGUUGCUCAAGAGCACUGCAAAGUUUGAUAUAAUGGAGUUUUUCUUCAUUGUGUUAAUGAUUCUGAGUGUGCUUACACCCGGAUUGAGCAGCACAAUAAUUACUUUCAAUGUGUUGCAGUAUGGAGCAGUUGGAAAUGGACAAACCAAUGAUUCCCCAGCCUUUCUGAAGGCGUGGAAAGCCGCGUGCCAGAGCAAGUCACAUAUAGCUCGCCUCAUCAUACCAGCAAAACGGACAUUCUUGCUGAAGCCUACUACCUUCAGUGGUCCAUGCAAAUCUAAUUAUACCUACAUUCAGCUUUCAGGGAACAUUGUUGCACCUAAAACAAAAUCGGAAUAUUCUGGAUUCCACACGAACACAUGGCUUGGCUUUUCAUUCGUCAAUGGUUUAGCUAUCAGUGGAAAAGGGACCAUUGAUGGUCGAGGCUCUGCCUGGUGGCAACAGCCUUGCGUAGGAAAUCCACAACCCGGAGCAACGUGCCGUCCACCAACAGCAGUAACUUUCAAUAGAUGCAAUCGUCUUCAACUGAAAGGAUAUACAAGCAUUAAUCCCGCAAGAAGCCACGUGACUCUAACAAGCUGCAACAAAGGCAUAAUCUCUAACAUCCGUCUAAUUGCUCCUGGAACAAGCCCUAACACCGAUGGCAUUGAUAUUUCAGGCUCAACAGGCAUUCAAGUACUUAAUUCUUUUAUUGCAACAGGUGAUGAUUGCAUAGCUAUUAGUGCUGGAUCCUCCAAGAUCAAAAUAACUGGUAUAACAUGUGGUCCAGGCCAUGGUAUCAGCAUUGGAUCAUUGGGAACACGUGGAGAUACCGACAUUGUAGAGGACGUGCAUGUGGAGAAUUGUACUUUGACCGAAACAUUAACUGGAGUAAGAAUCAAGACAUGGCAGGGGGGAGCUGGAUAUGCUAGGAGGAUCACGUUUGAAAAUAUUAGGUUUGUUCGAGCAAAUAGCCCCAUUAUCAUUGACCAAUUUUAUUGUCCUCAUAGAUCGGACUGCCAAAACCAGACUCGAGCAAUCAAGAUAAGUGAUGUAACAUAUAAAGGAAUUGUUGGAACAUCAUUGACGGACAAGGCAAUCAAUUUGAGCUGUGACCAAAAUGUAGGCUGCUCCAACAUUGUGCUUGAUCAUGUUUAUAUAACUCCCGCAGUUCCAGGGCAGAAGGUUUUUUCCUAUUGCCAUAAUGCACACGGAAUAGCCACCCACACCAAACCAUCCGUAAAGUGCUUGCUGAAGUAGCUCUUCCACAAUUGAUUUGUUGUCCUCAGAGCUACAUUAUAUGCUAGUUGGAUUUUCUUUUUUCUUUUUUUUUGGAUUAUGGACUGAAUAAUCUGUGUAAAAGUUCUGUAUUUUGAAAUAAAUACUAUUAGGAGAAAUAGAGUUGUAUUUGACAAUAUUAUCGUGGGUUGUCUUACUAACCCCCAAGUAAAAAUAACGUUAAGUAAUCCCGUAGAAGAUUAUUGGCUUAAUUUUCUACAUACUUUAGAUGGUUGGUGAAAUGCUCUUUUCUUAUUUGUAUUAGUCAUCUAUGAUAUUGUUUAGCCCCAAUUUUUAUUUGGGCAAGUUAGACAA